AUGGGCGCGGAACAAAGUCGCAUGUAUCCAGAUAAACAUCGUCUCCUACGGAAACGUCUGAGUUUACCGUUACAACUGCUUACCACAAGCACGUCCGGGUGCGUGAGCACCGGUUGUCAAGGUGCGCUAAAACCGACAAGUUGUGAACUGAGUCAAACCACUCCGGGAAGCAGUUUCAGUCAACAAGAGGGUCAGUUGGUCAGAGAUGCGACGGGUUUGGGCCAAUCCAGUCGUCCAGAAACCGAGAACCAUUUCAGCGAUUUUGAACAAGAUGUACUUUUGUCCACUUGGCCUCUAAUUGCUGCCGAUCUGGUACAGAAUGGAUGGCUGGUGUUUCAAAAUGCGUUCAGUAUUUUUCCCGAAUUACCGAAAUUUUUCAAUUUUGAGUAA